GAGCGUGGUUACGGUAUGAGCUUAUCGACCCGGCGGACGGGGAAAGCAGGUGAGGGGAAGAGGGGCCGUAGGCGCGCCCAUCGGAACGUGGACCGCCGUUCCAGGAGCCAGGCUUGGCUCACACGCGCGCGUGUCACUCACGGGUGCGGACGUCAGCUGCAGCCCUUCAACGGCCAGCACGAGCGUCAACCCACAACGCCUCGACUUGCCAACACGUCUUAGUGAAGCAAGCGCUACAAUGGAAGUCGAGGUGAAGUCCAACCACAGUCCAGUCGCGGGCAAGGCCAGCCGCAAGAAGCGACCUACGCGGAAGACCGCCCGCAAGUCCAUCGUGUCAGCCACGGAGGAACACCAGGACGAGGCGACUCCGCCACGCAGCGACCAGACGCCAGACUCGCAGAGCAGCAGGGGUAAGCAGCAUGGCGACAGCGGAGCUCCCCUGCAGCCACCACGCAACAAGGCAGCCUCGCUGAUGCAGCAGCACCGGUCCGUGUGGCGCAACGAGUUCCAGAAGCUGCACGACGCCGAGGAGAGGCUCAAGAACGACAUCGUCGAUAAGCUCAGGUACAUAUCUUCGACGGGCAUCACUAGUGACGACGAGGCGGGCCAGUGCCUUGAGGACUGGAUCGAUUACGAACUGGGACGCACUAAGUUCCAGGACAGCUCCGACUCGAGAGUCGAGUGGUUCAGGCGCAUCCUGGCCUGCCGGCUCGGCUUCAUGGACGACCAGGAAGGCGAGGAAGAGGGUGCGCAGCCCUCGGCGAACAGCGAGGCCCAGAUGGUGGCCGACCUGCGGGAAGCCCAGCGGGAGACGCGGCAGCUGACCGCCACGCUGGAGCAGCAGUUCAGGGAGGCCGACGAGGAGGUGGUGCGAGCGUUCGAGUCGUCGCCCCUCAGCAACACAAGGUUCACCUUCUCACGCAACGUCGAGGAAGACUUUCAAGCGUCCUGGAACGGAGACGAGCGGAUGCGUCGCCCUCUGCUGGCCGAACUUAAGCAGAUCGACCACAAGUUCGAGUCCAAGAUCAAGGACAUCGACAAGGCGCACAAACUGGAAGAGGAGCCUGCCGACUGGACCGCCGAUGACUUCGCGGUUGUGAACCACGUGCUGGAGCAAUACCCGAGCAACCUGGGCAACCGGAGGGCGCUCAUCAUGGACUGGCUGCGCCGCCACUUCAAAAAGCGCUCUAUCCUGGACAUCUCAACUUACAUGACGUGGUGCCAAAACCAGCGCUACCACCGGGACAAGGUGCAGUCGUGCCUGCAGGAGUGGGAGCGCGCGCGCGUCCAGUGGCUUGCCAAGGCGAAGCAGACGACGAGCACGCGGAACGGCCCUGGCACGGGGGCUGCGUCCAGUGGCCCACCCCAGCGACGAAGGACCAUGCACCACGUUGCACUGCCACCUGCCCCGUCGCUACAAAAGAAGCCGAACCGUCUGCCGCCGAUUGAUCCCGAGCUCAAGGAGCAGAGGGCGCCACGACCGAGGGCCCGGGUUCGCAUCGCGCCCAAUCCCACCACCAUGUCGUCUUCCUCUGCGCCGCAUCUCGGCGCCGCUGCCGGUCUCGACGGCGUCGCGGCUGCAUCUGCGGUCGGCUCGAAGGCCGACCAGCUCCGACAGGCCGAGAGGCAGGCGCUGGAGGAGCGGAACCGCGAGUGGCGGCUGCGCUCGCUGUCCACGGUGCGAGAGAUAGAGGUGCUGCGCAUGCGCCGCAAGCAGUCCAUCGCCGUGGCCGGUGUGGACGACGCGUCCGAAGUUCAGGAACUGGCCAAGGUUCAGCGAAAGCUCAACCUGGAAAGAGUGAAGUUUCGUCAGGAACUGGCCAUGAAGAAACAACGCGACCGUUUACGAGUCGAGCAGAAGAAGCAGGAACAGGCGAAACUAGAAAAGCUUCAAUUACAGGCAAGUGGGCCGAGUUAAGCUUGCUUAUGCAGCACUUUAGUUUCUGUACGUACAUUUACCGUUUGUAGUUGUCUGCUUUGCUUAUGCAGCCAGAGAUCGCAAUGUUCUGCCAUUAUCGACCACUUCGCGAAGUGCAUCGCCAGGCCCUUCUCCAUCAGGAGUUUUUCUUUAUGUUACCAUUAUAUUUUAUUUUGAACUGGAGAUUUAUUUUCUAAGCAGCACGGCAUCGGCAAAGCAGGACGAAAAAUUAGAUACUUAUUGUUUCUGUAGAGCCGUUUCUAGAAGAACAAGAGUGUUGUAAAUGCAACAGAGAAAAAAGACUGCAGACUACUACUUUAAGGCGUAACUGUCAUUGAAUACACGCUGCGUUAGAUACGCCCAGGUAAAAGGCAGAACGCACGAAACAGGCAAGCAAACAAUUGUUUCCUACCAUUGAUUCUUGAAUAAUAUGUUUUGCAACAUUCCACGCAACCUUGACCUUCACGCAAGUUAAGAAAUAUUGUCUCGGUUCAGUCUUAAAUAUCUAAACGGCAUGUGAAUAUUUAGCACGCGAAAACUACGCCUCUAGCAGAGCAACGAAGGGCGCACUAGCUUGAUCAGCCAUCGUCCGAUGUGAGCCUGGCAUUGUCGGCGUAGGUAAGGCAAAAAGGCGAAGAAGAGACCGUAUCGUAGCGUGUACUAGACUGAAAAUAUGCUCCUGUUUAUUUUUGUCAGCUGUCAGAAAGCACUGGCCAGUGCAAAUGCAUGCACACACAAGACACAGUACCUACUACUACCUAAUCUUCAGCCGGUGUUGUGUUAUCUCCGGCGACGUGAAGAACAACCAGAACACUGUUACUUCGGGCUACGCCAUGCAGAUUGCCAUAAGCUGGCAAAGAGUUAGCGAGGUCUUCGCGACACUUACUGUAAGCGCUUUUGAAAUUCUUUUCUUGGGGGCGGAGGAGGGAUAUGGUACAAAUAAAGUCAUGACAGACAUUCGGUAGGCAUUGUGGCCUAAGUUACCGUUUCGUUCUGAAUUAUAGCUGCUUGAAGAAUGUAUAGAUAAAAUAGACACGUAGAUAACUAAAGCAAUUUCAUAGCGAAAUAAGCUCUGGUAGAUUCCCGAAUGGUAGAACAUUGAUAGCAUGACUUUAACAUACAUUCUUUAAUGAUCACCUGAAAAGUGGCAACACGUUGGUCUGCAAACUAAGAAUGCCUCAAAGGCAUAACACUUUUCAUGGUUCUGCCAGGUUUUGAUUUCAAAGGAGCCUCUUGGGUGGCGGAAGGAUGUUCUUAAUAACAGCCUUUUAACAUAAUUUUGGCUAUUCCGUAUUCAUAUUCUGCAGUGUGGUCCCUCCGAAGCUAGGAUUUAGUGUUGCGACAUUGUUCGCAGCAAGAACAUACUGCAGCCACUGAAACGCUGGAGUGCGCCUGCCUCAAAUACAUUUGAGGGUGGCAUAGAAUGGAGCCUAAUUACCUACUGUAGACCUUUCGUGAAAGCGGACAUAUGACAAAGUAGAAGCAAUGUGCCGAUUAGAGUAACGCUUAUAUGUCAUUACUUUACGUUAAACUUUAUUCACUUUCCAUCAAUUCCCAAGUUGGGUUCUAUCUCUCUCUGACUACGCGGCCUGAAUCAAACCUGCUUUCCUCUAUUUUAUUACUCAUAUUGUAACGAAAAAACAUCAGUAUUUUUGAAUAAUUACAGAACUGCUAUAAUAAUCCA